AUGUCGGACGGAUACUCGUCUUCCAAACGAGCUGAAGAUAUAUUAAAUGGUUUCAAAUUACACUGGAUGAAUUUACGAGACGCAGAUUCGGGUCGAAUUCUAUGGCAAUCAUCAGAAAAUUUGUCAACACCUGGUGUUGAACACGAAGCACGUGUUCCAAAACGCAUUUUGAAAUGUCGGGCAGUUUCACAACAACGAGUUUUUUUUCGAGGCACAGUUAUUGAAGAAUGGGCAUUUACAUUCGGUUUUGUUAUUCCUGGUUCUACUAAUACUUGGCAGUCAUUGAUUGAAGCCGCACCAGAAAGUCAAAUGAUCCCGGCGAAUUUGCUAAAUGGAAACGUUGUUAUUGAAACGAAAUUUUUCGAUGGUGACCUUGAAGUAUCAACAUCUCGUGUUCGAUUACUCUAUGUGUAA